GAUGUCAUUGGGUACAUCGUUGAUAGUGUGGGUGUGUUUUUUGCCUGAGGUAAAUGCUGAUUGGCUGGUUCAGGCGCGUGGUCAUUCACACUACUGCUCGCUCAUUGGAGGUUUUCCCGUCAGUCAUCGAGGUGGAUCAGAAGGGUUUGCUAACUACCAAGAUGAAGCACUACGAGGUGGAGAUACUGGAUGCCAAGACCAAGGAGAAGCUCUGUUUCCUGGACAAGGUCGAGCCAAAUGCCACCAUCGGUGAGAUCAAGUCCAUGUUCCAUAGGACUCAUCCUCAGUGGUACCCAGCCAGACAGUCCAUUCGUCUCGACCCGAAGGGGAAGUCUCUAAAGGACGAGGAUGUUCUGCAGCAUCUUCCAGUGGGAACCACGGCAACGUUCUACUUCAGGGACUUGGGAGCUCAGAUCAGCUGGGUUACAGUUUUCCUGACAGAAUACACCGGUCCUCUGGUCAUCUAUCUCUUGUUCUACUUCAGAGUUCCCUUCAUCUAUGCACCCAAAUAUGACUUCACCACCAGUAAACACUGGGUUGUACAUCUGGCGUGUAUGUGUCACUCCUUCCACUAUGUGAAGAGGCUGCUGGAAACUCUUUUUGUCCAUCGCUUCUCUCAUGGAACAAUGCCACUGCGGAACAUUUUUAAGAACUGUACCUACUACUGGGGCUUUGCAGCGUGGAUGGCUUACUACAUCAAUCACCCACUGUACACCCCCCCCAUCUAUGGCGAGCAGCAGAUCCGACUGGCCCUCAUCUUAUUUUUGUUCUGUCAGAUUGGCAACUUUUCCAUCCACAUUGCUCUCCGGAACCUCCGUCCACCAGGCUCUAAGACCAGAAAGAUUCCUUAUCCAACCAAGAACCCUUUCACCUGGAUCUUCCUGCUGGUGUCCUGCCCAAACUACACCUAUGAGCUGGGCUCCUGGCUCGGCUUCACCCUGAUGACCCAGUGUCUGCCCGUCGCCUUCUUUACUCUGGUGGGCUUCAUCCAAAUGACGGUUUGGGCCAAAGGGAAGCACCGCAGCUACCUGAAGGAGUUUCGAGACUACCCUCCUCUCCGCUCUCCCAUCCUCCCUUUCGUUCUGUAGAAGACGGCUUCGUUAGUUGGCCUAUUCUGAAAAUGCUCUCCUUGAUUCCAGAAUUUACACUGAAACUAAAGACUGAUGAUUUGUCAUUGUGUCCCCUCUAACCAGAUGCCCGGCUUUCUUCCUCCAGUCCUUCCUGUGUAUUUCUAAUGUGAACCCGUCAUUUCCUGCAGGUGUUUUUGCGGGGCGCUCAGACCUCCGGUGAACGUCAUCUGGUGUACAAUGUAAAGAGGUCCAUAACUUUAUGACUUGACUCUAUUGUACUGAGCUUGACUGUGAUCUUUGAUUGUUCUGUUAAAAAUCUUGUUAAAAAUUCAUGUCUGAAACAUGAUAGAAUUCUUCUUAAUGUCAAAGGGUAAUUUAUAAAAAAACAUAGUGACAAUAUUUCAUUUUCAAACUUCCGUCUGAGUUGUUUCGACAUGCAGUGUUCCCUCGCUCUAUCGCGGUUCACCUUUAGUGGUCUUGCUCUCUCAUAGAUUAUUUUAUUGUAAUUGUUUACAGUGCACUGUGUUCUGCAUCCUGAUUGGUUGGCUUGUUGAUCUCUCUCUCCUGUACAGAAUGUGAUCAGUUUGCCACAUUUACAUAAAUCUCUCAUCAUGA